CACCGGAAGCCCUGCGACCCGUGUCGCUGCAGUGUGUUGCGUUUCCUGUUUACGAGCGGGAAGAGCGAACGGGGCUACACCGCGUAGAUUUAAGAGUUUACACCCGCCUGCACGUUUUGUCUUUUAAGCUGCGGUCUGCGUGUUUUAAUGAGCCUCUGGGCGCCGCGGGGGGCUGUAGAUACGUUAUAGGCGGAGAGCUGGUGAAGAAACCGAGAGGUGCUGUUGGAGCGGAGCGGGACAGAUGGAGGAUCCUCCUGCGGAUUCUAGCGGCGGCGGUGCAGCCGCAGCUGCAGCGGAGGGCCCCGCGGUGCAGGUGGCUGACAUGCGCUGGCCAAGCGGAGCUCUUCCGCUCCGGCUGCUGGAGUGGAAAGUCAAGCCAGGGACUCUGGUGAACGUGGACUCGGUCCUCGCCUUAUGCGCUCCCGUGGCUCGGGAUAAGGAGACGGAGGCUGCAGCUAGGCUGCCAGAGAAGAAGGUGAAAUCGGACCGUGCUGGGGUGGUGAAGGAGCUGUGCUGCCAGCCAGGACAAAUCAUUCCUCCCGGCGGCGUCAUCGUCAGAAUCGAAGAGUGCAGCCAUCCCAUAGUCAUGAAGGGGCUGUGCGCCGAGUGCGGCCAGGAUCUAACUCAGCUCCAGGGGACUAACGGCAACCAGCAGUGUCCCAUCUCCACGGCAACCGUCUCCAUGGUGCACAGUGUCCCUGAGCUGAUGGUCAGCUCGGAGCAAGCCAAAGAGCUGGCCCAAGAAGACCAGCAGAGACUGCACCGCAACAAGAAGCUGGUCCUGAUGGUGGACCUGGACCAGACGCUGAUCCACACCACCGAGCAGCACUGCCAGCGCAUGUCCAACAAGGGUAUUUUCCACUUCCAGCUGGGACGGGGGGAGCCCAUGCUCCACACGCGCCUGCGGCCUCACUGCAAGGACUUCCUGGAGAAAAUCGCCAAGCUCUACGAGCUGCACGUCUUCACGUUCGGAAGCCGUCUGUAUGCACACACCAUCGCCGGCUUCUUGGACCCUGAAAAGAAGCUUUUCUCCCACAGAAUCCUCUCUAGAGACGAAUGCAUAGAUCCGUUCUCCAAGACGGGCAAUCUUAGGAACCUGUUCCCCUGCGGGGAUUCCAUGGUCUGCAUCAUCGACGACCGGGAAGACGUCUGGAAGUUUGCACCCAACCUCAUCACUGUGAAGAAAUACAUCUACUUCCAGGGCAUCGGCGACAUCAACGCGCCGCCGGGGUCACGGGACGCUCAGGUGGCCAGGAAAGCUGGAGGCGCGUCGAGUCGACCGACGGAGAGCGGCGAACAGGCGGAGGCGACCGGCGCCGACGAGCAGAACAACGGCCUCAGGAAACGGUCAAAGGAGCCCGGUGCUUCAGGAAAGGAGGAGCUUUCUUUACCGCGCCCGUCUCAGGACGGAGGGGCCAGUGAGAGGACACACGGCGCGGGGGUCGGUGAGGAGGAGGAGGCGGGGCGGGGUCAGGGGUCGGGAGCCGGCCAGACGGCGCCGGAGUCAGGGCAGAACUCAAAGGAUACUCAGGUGGAGGAGAAAAUGGACGUUGGAGAGGAUGAUGGGAACAGGACAGAAGAGACACAGGGAGGCGCAAACUCCUCAGCGCCGAGCCACGAGUCCAACAACCUGGAUUUUGAUCUUUCUAGCGACAGCGACUCGGGUACAGAUAAGCCCUCCUCACCGGGCGGCGGGAGUCAAAGCAGGCCUCACACGACCAAGGAACCUAAACAGGACGGAGACGUCCACGAGCCCUCUGAUGGGGACAGGACGAAGGGCGGGGACAGGAAAGGUUCCUGCGAAGCGGAGAACUGCUCGGACGCGGCGGAGCCUUCGGGCGUCGUCCUGCCCGACCCCGAGCUGGGCAACGGCUGCUUGGAGAGGAGGGAGCCGGAAACCGAGUCGCAGAACAGCGAGCAGUCCGGAGUCACGGUGGGCGAGGAGCUGCUGGACCAGAGCAUGGAAGACGAGGAGGAAGAGGAGGCCGACAACGACCACGACGACCACCUCAUCUACCUGGAGGAAGUGCUGGAACGGAUCCACGGCGAGUACUUCUCCCGCUACGAGGCCUUCCUGAAGAAGGAGACGGCGGAGAUGCCGGACAUCCGCCGGAUUGUUCCGGAGCUGAAGAGCAGGACGUUGGAGGGCACCACGGUGGUGUUCAGCGGCCUGUACCCCACCAACUACCCCAUGGAGAGGACCAGGGAGUACUACCAUGCCAGAGCCCUGGGGGCCAAGAUCGGCAAGAGUCUCAUCCUCAGCUCUCAGGACCCCAGUCGGACGACGCACCUGGUGGCAGCGAGGGCAGGAACGGAGAAGGUACGGCAGGCUCAAGGCUGUAAGCACCUCCAUGUGGUCAACCCUGAUUGGCUGUGGAGCUGUCUGGAGCGCUGGGAACGGGUGGAUGAGCAGCUGUACCCCCUGAAGGAGGAAUACUCCAAGACCCCACGGAGCAACAGCCCGGCCGCUUUUCUCGACAAUCAGGGCUCCCUGCAGAAAGCUGUUUUCCAGCCAGCUCCCGUCCAACCCAGACCUCCAGGCGAACAUCCAGAGGCCCGCACGUAUGACUCGGUCACAGGGAAGCUCAUCCGCAGGGUUCCUCAGGCCGGGCGCCCAGCAGCCUACCUCCACGCGUCGGGACCUCACUCUGAUCCCAGGGAGCAGUCGGGUCUCAGGGGAGCUGCACAGAGCCAGCAGAACGAGGCGUCAGGAUCCGGCCGAGACAACGAGCAGCCGGGACCUUCCCGCAGGAAACGACAGCCGAGCAUGUCAGAAUCCAUGCCUCUGUACACGCUUUGCAAGGAGGAUCUGGACAGCAUGGACAAAGAGGUGGACGACAUCUUAGGAGAGGAGAGCGACAACGAGAGCGAGGGUCGCGGGAAGGAGAAGCCUGGGAACGAGGAUAUCGCUGAGGAAGAGGAGGAGGAGGAGCAGCAGCAGCAGCCGGCGGCUGGAGAGGCGGCAUCUCGAGGACCCGGCCCCGAGGCAGGCGGUGCGGAGGAGAGACUUCAAACGCCCCCCAGCGACGGCGGUUUGCCCCAGAAUGCCUCAAGGGGCCACAAACGGAAGCACGAUGAAACCGGAGAGGAAGAAGAGGACGGCGACAAGGAGGGCACGGAGAGCAAGCCAGAUAGGCCGGACUCCGCCGACGACUCCUCCAAAGACUCCAACGAGGAAGAGGAGGGCAGCAGCUCAGAGGCGGACGAGAUGGCCGCCGCCUUGGAGGCGGAGCUAAAUGAUUUUAUGUGACGAGGAAGCCGAAGCUCGAAACUGAUUAGAGACGACUAAAAGCCAGCCCUUGCCGAUGUCACAUGUGGUACUUUUUUUUUUUCCCCCCUCCGGAGUUGGUGUGGUUCAGAGAUGGGAGAGAUGAAUGUGUGUUGUAUUAAAACCUGAAUGUCCUGUACAGAACCAGCGCCUUUCUGUGUGAAUAAAGGCUUGGACUUUUGUAGCACUGCUAUAUAUACAUAUAUAUAGACAUAAAUAUAAAUAGCCGUUUUUGGCAUAAAACCUUUGAUGUUAACAUUUUAUUGUGAGGUAACAAACUCUAGAAGACAUGCAAUUUGAUACUUUUUGUGUUGUUUUUUUCUAUUUGAAUUUUUAUAUUAGUAAAAAGAUGAAUAAAAAACAAUAAGUGUAUAUUUUGCUGAUGGUUUUUGCCAAAGAAUUUCAAAUAGGUUUGCCAAGUUGUGCAGCUAAAACUUUUACUCCUGACUUCCACUUUUUAAGGUUUGUUUGUUUUCGGUCUCCUCAGCAGGUUUUUAGGGUCAGCGUAACUAAUUAAUCCAGACAUUUGAAUGUGUUUCUGCCAUUUCUUUGUCGUUUGAACGUCUUGUAAACUUUUGUGUGCUAACGGGUCUUCAGUUAGUGAUAGCUUGAAGAAAGCAUCCCAGUGCCAGACAGUGAAUCCCACUCUGCCAAUUCUGAUUUGUCGUUUGCCCGGAUAUGAACUCAUUAAAAAAAAAAAAACAAAGGAAAAAAAAAACGUGCUCUAGUUUCUCUGAUGGAGGUAGUGAUUUUGAAUUGAACAGAAAAGAGGAAUUUACAAGGUUUUCCAUAACUUUUAUUUGAAGCACCUGCUGGUGUCUUCAGGCACUUUUUGAGUUUCGAUGAGUUUAACAAAUCAGGAAAAAAAUUCAGAUUUGUCACCAUCCGACUUGCUUCUCAGAGAUCACAGCCAAUCAUGGGAAAGUUGACCGACUGAUUCGUUCGCCUCGAGAAAAAAAAAACAUGGAAAAUACAUAUUCCGUGCGCUUGAUAGUAGAUUGUAGAAUUGCUGCUUGAAGGUUUUUCCACUAAUGUUCUCCGGGGGACGUUGACAGUCUUUAUUCUAAGGAACCAGCUGGCUGAAGUGCUCAAGAUUAGCAAAGCGUUACGUGGCAUAAAAACAGGCAGAUCCACCAAAACCGUCAACAGGGGCGUGCUUUGGUGGCGCAGUGGUUAGCACGCACGACCCAUGUACGGAGGCCUUAGUCCACGAUGCGGCCGACCCGGGUUCCACUCUGACCUGUGGUCCUUUGCCGCAUGUCCCUCCCCCUCUCUCGUACCCCCUUUCCUGUCAGCCCACUGUAAGAAAAACAAGCCACUAGUGCUGUAAAAACCUCAAAAAAACAUCAACGGGAGAGAGGUGAAAAGGUUUGUGCUGAACUCAAACUUUAGAUCGCUAGUCCUCCAUGUUCACGCUUCCUCUCCUAACCCCUCUAAACCUCAGAUAUGAAACUAGAGCAUCACCCUCCUAAAUGAGUGGUUACAUGUUUUUGUUUUUUUUUCUCUCUAGGAAACGGCUUGGAUUGGUAUGUUUUAUUUUCUACUUUGUUUUUUUUGUUUGGGGCGGGGGCGAUAAGCUCAGAGCUCUUGGCAUAAUACUUGAAUUUGCAUCGUUGUGAUGAUCUUUCUCCAGGAAACCGGACUGCGUUUAUUAAUUCAGAAUUUUCCAGUCGACUUUUGUUCCUGCUCUUCUCCCAGCGAGCUCCACCAUAAGCGCUGAGCAGAGAUGCAGGAUUUCACCCGUUCCUCACCUACUGCGGUGUCAUCCAGCUUCCCGAUUGCAGAUUUCUCCCGUGAUCCAAAAAGCGUAUUGUGCGCCUAACAGAUCUAAUGAUGGAUUAAUGGUUGCUAAUAUAUUUACCUCUAAUGUCUGUUUGAAGUCACACCCACGGCUCCGCUAUUGUUACUGUUCCUUUUGAUUCUUGUCUUGAGCUCACCAUCUUCCCUAUCAAAGCUGCACAGCUCAAUCACUGUAAUUAAUUUCUGAAGGCUGAUUUCUCUCUGUGAUAUGUGUUCAGUGACUGUUUUGCCAUCAGUCACCCCCCCCCCCCCCCUCCUCCCUCCACACCCACAUGUUCUCCUUUUUGUUUCCUUUCACUGUGUUUCUGUGCUAUGGUUGUGGUUUACCUAGGUUUUCAUCAAACAGGUAUUAUGUGAGGUAUUUGUAAAGUCUAUUUCCUACCUGACCCAGAAAAAAAGUGGAUACUUUUAUGAAAUAAAUAUGUUUCUGAAGAAA